AUGGACCCGGACGAGUUUCCGUGGAGCAAUCAAACGAGCCUGGUCUCGAGUCUGGAUCUCCUAGAGGAGGAGGUUCUGCGAGAGGCCAGUAGACACGGCCCGCAGUGGAAUCGAGACAAGCACCUGCUUGUCGAGGGCGAACCCGCAGCGACAGUGCCGAGGGAAGUGUCCAGAAUUUCCCCGCGGAAGCCCGUUGUAGUGCCAAAGGCUUCGGGGCGACGCAGACCUAGCACGAGUCGAGGGGGUGACCACAGCGUCAACAACGCAGAGGAAGAAAGCGAGUCGAAGAGGAAAUUGCAGCUUGAGAACGAGCGUCUUCAGCAAGAAAUCGCGCAAUGGCAGCGCGAGGUGGAGCAUUCUCGCGACGAGAAACUGGAGCUGGAGGCGUCAUUCCGACGGCUGGACCAGGAAAUUGGCAAUGGUUACCACCUAGCAGAGCGCAAAGAGAAGGAGAUCCGAAUCGCUGAGCUUGUGACGAAGAACCAAAAGAUGUCGCAACUGCUGGAGCGCGAGCUCCAGAGCCACGACGUCCUUCGACGCGCGCACACGGAGCUGCAGAGCGACCACAAAAAGCUGACAGAGCAGGUGACGGUGCUCAACCAGGUGCUCGACAGCGUGGAAGCCAAACACGCCGAGCUCUCGACCUGCCACGCCACCCUAACAGCAAGCUACGAGGCAGCGCAAACCACAAUAGAGACGCUGCAGUGUGAGGUGCACGUUCUGCAGGACAAGUUGGCCACCUCGGACAAGCACGUGCAGGUUGUCGCUGAGUACGAGGAGAAGCUUCGGCACUGGGAGCGCACGUGUCGGGAGUUAGAGCAAAAGUGCGAGCGGAAGACGCAGAAACUCACGCAACUUCAGAAGAUCGCGAGCGCUUCGCAGCAAGAAGCUCAACGAGCUUUGGAUCGUCAGGAGGAGCUGGAGCAGGAGGUGCGCAAGUCCCACGACGAAAUAAUUCAAACCAACGCGGCCAUGCGGACGAUGGAGGCGAAGCUAGAGGCCAACUUGAAGUCAACACAGCACGGCGGCAGUCAAGAAUCGCUUCAUCGCCGGAUCCGACACUUGGAGGGAGAGUUGUUGCAGAAAAACAGAGCAAACGCUGACCUCAUGCAGACUUGUAACCAGCUUCUCAGUUCUCAGAAGCGGCCAGGUACCAGCAAAGCCGCGCUUUCAAGCAGAAACAACCAGGCAAUGGCCUCCCGCGUGGCUAAGCUGACCUCGCGUAUUGCGACGUUGACGGACAAGUUGCGCAGUACGGAGGAAGCUCGUUUGGACGUGCUCAUGCAGGCCUUUCCCUUCCUGUUGCAUCGGUUGGAUGCCCUGCAAGACCAAUUCGCUGCUGCUGUCGAGUCCAACGACAUUAUCAAGGACGCACUGGAGCAGAUGCAUGAUCCACCUGGAAUGCACCACGCUACGCCACGAGUGAGUGGCUCCAUGUAUCUUCACUUAGCAAGAGACAAGUACUUGAUGGAAGCGCCGUAUCCCAUUGAACUACUCGCUGAUCAAACUGCAGCCAAGGUGCUUGGUGGCUACACAGAAUCUACAGCUACGAUCACUGGUGCAAGAAAGAAAAAGUUUUCCCCAUUCCGAGUCGCCAUCAGCAGCUUAAAGAUGAAAGACAAAGACAACCAACAGGAAGACGGGGGCGAUGACCAGACGAACCAACUUGUUACGCUUUCUGCCGAUUCAGACGACGCCAGCGGUGCCUCAUACCUGAAUCGAAGCAAGAUCAACGCGUUCCUCGAAGUGAUUCAAUGCAGCGCCGCUCGGAAGAAGUUCAAGACGCUGAUAGUUGGCAAGUUGGCCGAGUGUCUGAAUAAAUUACGCGAGCUGGCUCAUCGGUCGGCGUCAGAGGCUGCAGCACAGCAGGCAUCCAUCCAAAUUUUGCAACGGGAGGUGGCGGAUCUUCAACAGAAAUUGAAAAACUCAAGUGCUAGUGGCAACAACGACAUCGAAGGUGGGAAGGCGACGCAACAGUCCUACCGAACCCGCCAGUUUCUGCUGAAAAUGGUCGACGUGUACGCCGAGAAGCAGCAGGAGAAUGAUCAGCGUCAGAUGACGUUCCUCACCCAGCCUCUAUCCAGCGAUAUGCUCAUUACGUCGGCACAUACUGGUCACAACAACAGCAUUUCGGACGACCGGUUGAGUCUAGCAGACUGCGGACUGCAGGAUGACGACGUGGCUCAGCUCCUGCUUAAGAUCUUAGUGAGUGGCGUGAGGUUUCGCGAUAUAAUCCUCGACUCGAACGGAUUUACGGACGCUGUAGCGCAACAUGUCGCCGACUUCUUGGAGAAGUCCCCAACCAGUGUUCGAGUGGUGAGUCUUACGGCCAACAAGCGCAUGACUAGGCGAGGUGUCGACUUGAUUAAAUGGGGGCUUCUACGGCACCAGCGCGUGCAGCGAGUCGAAGAGGAUGGGAAUGAGGUGGAGGAUAGCAUUAUUCUGCGCGGUCUCGCACUCGCGCGCGAUUUCGACGUAAGCGGAAUAGCCACAGAAGUUCUUCGCGUUGUGCUCCCCAUACCAGUCCAUGACGUUAAUGGAGAACUGAGAGCAACAACAGACGAGGAAAUCGAUGCCAUGACCGAGAAACUCCGACAAAUUGGCUUUCGAUACAACAUUCGGCAGCCAGCAGCAACUUCGCAAGAACAUCUCUUCCCAGCACCAGUCUCAGCAGGAGAGUACCUGCUCAUGCCAGUACCGAGGCUAUCGCUAGCAGGAGAAGGUCUCUCCCAGCUGCUGGUGGGGCCCGACAGGUUGUCAACACUCAACGCCAGCAAAUACGGCAACAGCAGGAUCUUCGCUUCCAGUCCCUGGAGGCUGCCAUUCGACGAGCGUCUGGGCCACAAGUGCCGCGACAUCAAGUAA